CUCUCUGAACCUUCCUCGUCGUUACCCUCUCUUCGCCCCUUGACCCACCUCGUCUCUCGUCUCUGUUUCUCAGGUUUUGCACAAACCAACACUCAGGAGUCACCUGCAUGUACUCGAACCAGCUCUGCAGCUCCCACAACUCUCAUAGAGGCAUUAAACACACGACCUCCGGGUUCCUUAUCAGUUUCUAAUUUCCCCCUUCACGUCGCCGGAACUUUAUCUACAUAGCUCACUAUGGCACCCAACCUCUCAACAAACACCUCGGGUUACAACACCCCUGAGUCUGAGCUCGAGUCCGUCUUGCCAGUUCACCCAACUGCGGCCCGUCGCCCUCAGGCCAUUACCGUUCGGUCGGAGAACACCCUCUACACCGCCGAGCACAUCACCGCCAAGUUUUUCAAUCGAGGUGCUGAGGUCGAUGUUACGAAUGGUCAGUUCAACAUCACCCCGACCGUCGAGGAAUAUGAAUUCCAAACGAAGCGGACUCCGGGAAAGACUGGAUUGAUGAUGAUCGGUAUUGGUGGCAAUAACGGCACCACCCUCUGCGCGACCAUCCUCGCCAACCGCCACAAUAUUAUCUGGCACACCAAAGCCGGCGUUCAGCAGCCCAACUACAUUGGUUCGCUGCUCCGUGCUUCUACGGUUCGCAUUGGCACUGAGCCCGGUUCGGGCAAGGAGGUCCAUGUCCCCGUCUCUGACGUUCUUCCCAUGGUUCAUCCCAAUGACCUCGUUCUUGGAGGUUGGGAUAUCUCUGGAGUUCCCAUGGACAAGGCCAUGGAGCGUGCGCAGGUUCUUGACUAUGACCUACAGCGCCAAGUCGCACCCCAUAUGGCACUGCUCGGCAAACCCCUCCCUUCCAUCUACUACCCCGACUUCAUUGCCGCGAACCAGGAGGCUCGCGCUGACAACGUGAUUCCGGGUACUGACAAGGCCGCACACCUUGAGCAUAUUCGUGCGGAUAUCAGGAAGUUCAAGAAGGACAAUGAGCUUGAUCGAGUUGUCGUCUUCUGGACCGCCAACACGGAGCGUUACAGCGACAUCAUCCCCGGUGUCAACGACACUGCAGACAACCUCCUUGCUUCCAUCAAGUCCUCCCACUCCGAGGUCUCCCCCUCCACUGUCUUCGCCAUUGCGGCCAUCUUGGAAGGUGAGCCCUUCGUCAACGGUGCUCCCCAGAACACCUUUGUUCCAGGAGCUAUCGAGCUUGCUGAGCGUCAUCACUCCUUCAUUGGUGGUGAUGAUCUUAAGUCCGGUCAGACCAAGCUCAAGUCCGUCCUUGCUGAGUUCCUCGUCAACGCUGGCAUCAAGCCUCUUUCUAUUGCGUCCUACAACCAUCUCGGCAACAAUGAUGGCCACAACUUGUCCGCUGAAAGGCAAUUCAGGAGCAAGGAGAUCAGCAAGAGCAGCGUCGUCGACGACAUGGUUGAUGCCAACCGCCUUCUGUACAAGGCCCCUGAGGUCGGACCCAAAGGCGUCCCUAUUGGCAAGGGCGAGCAUCCCGACCACAUUGUCGUGAUCAAAUAUGUUCCUGCUGUCGGUGAUUCCAAGCGCGCCAUUGACGAGUACUACUCUGAGAUUUUCUGUGGUGGUCGCUCGACUAUCAACAUCUUCAAUGAGUGCGAGGACUCCCUCCUCGCCACACCACUCAUCCUGGAUUUGACCAUCCUCACUGAACUCCUCACCCGAGUUCAGUACCGCAAAGUCACCCGCAACACCGCCGAGCAGAAGGACUUUGCGCCUCUCUACUCUGUCUUGUCCCUCCUCUCUUAUAUGUUGAAGGCUCCUCUCGUCAAGCCUGGCACUGAGGUCGUCAACAGUCUCAACAGGCAGCGCAAUGCGCUCGAGGGAUUCUUGAAGGCUUGCAUUGGCUUGGAGGGGAGCAGUGAUUUGCUCCUUGAGACUAGGAUCUGGUAA